AGACUGCAACCAGACUGUCCCCAGAGUGCUGCGAGCGGCUGGUGGAGAGCGGAGCCACAAACACCAUCUUUACACUCGUCCGCUGUUGCAACAGGAGCGUCCCCUGCAUGGACGUCAUCACCUACUCCAUCCAGAUCCUCCUCAACCUCUCCAAGUACCACAAGACCAUUGAGGCAGUGUAUUCGGUGGAAAACUCUGUCGAGACUCUGCUGGACCUGCUGCAGAGAUACCGUGAGAAAGCUGGAGAUAAAGGGGCAGAAAAGGGCGGCAGCAUCUUCACAAAGGCCUGCUUCCUUCUUGCUCUCCUCCUGCAAGACAAGUACCGCGUUGUGGAGGUUAUGAAGCUACCCAAAGUGUUGGAUAGGCUACGCAGUAUCUACCGCCUCACCGCUCGCAAACACAAGAUGGACGCUGAAAGAACUGUUACGAAACAGAAAAUGAACGCAUCAAUCAACGGGAGCUUUUUCUUUCAAGCGACACCUCGUAAAUCCCGCCCUGUGCCAAAAUUUGCACCGGAUUGGGUUCUCAGAAGGGACAAGCUCAAAGAUAUUGUGGAUCCUCUCCGGGCCAUUCAGAUGGUGGCAAACACACUCUCUAUUGUGUUGUAAAUACAGGCUUUUAAAUCUUCA